AUGGAUGGGUCGGCGGAGUCUGGUUGGACUGUGUAUUUGGAGAAUUCUUCUUCUUCUUCUUCUUCUUCUUUUUUGUUCACUCCAACAAUUCAUGAUUCUUUUGGUGUUCUUCAUAAGGAUGAACAUGAACUGGAUUUGUCUAUGGUUUCUGAUGCUUCUUCUGGGCCUCCAAUUUUCCCGGAAAAUUAUGUUAUUUUCCCGGAAAAUGAAGCUCUUUUCCCGGAAAAUUAUGUUAUUUUCCCGGAAAAUGAAGCUAUUUUCCCGGAAAAUGAAACUGGGUCGAAAACUAGCCGCAAAAUGAAGGGUUGUGAGGAACGACGACGGCGGCGCCGUGAUCGGAUGGACAAAACGACGUCGUUUCUUGAUGACACUGCUAGCUCUGAUCCCAAUUUCAAUAAUUCGGAGAGUUCAUCCUACCAAAGCCAAUUUAACACAAUUAGACAAUCAUCUCCAUCUCGAAAUCAAAGGCAAAAGAAUCAGUGGUUUAAAGGGAAGAGAUGAGGAUGAGAUGAUGGCUCCGUUAAUCGAACACGACACUACAAUGAUAUGAUAUUAGCUCUCAUGGCUUUGUUUUGGGUUUCCCCAAAAGAUCUCGUACCAAUGGAGAUAGUAUAUAAACGGAUGAUCAUUCUCUAAAUUAGUCAACGUGGGACUUUCGUCAACUGGCUCUUCAUUUGAAGCCUAAUAAUUUAGGGUUUUUUUUUUUGAAUUUUUGAAUAAUUUCUUGAGAGAGAGAAAAAAAGUAGUUUUUAUUUUGGACAUUGAAUGGAU